AUGGUAUCGCUAUUCGGUAUCAAGUUCGGCGACAAGAAAAAGGGGAAGCCCGAAAGAGCAGCGGCGGGGGACAACAGCUGUGCGGACUCUGAGAAAUCGGUAUCCCUGCAACGAGCCAUCACCAACGAAAGCAGCCGAUCCGAUGCAGCGGCAUCCCCGAUUCUUCCCCCGCCUGGCAUCGCUCCCUAUGCGCACGGCAUCGGCGCCCAAAACCACGCCACUUCGAGCAUGUCCAACCUUGCCGACCUGCAUAGCAACAACGCUUCCGGCGUCAAACACUAUGCCUCGGAUGCGAACCUGCGGGCCAAGUUUGGCGCCAUGAACGGGUCUGCGGCAAGCUUGGCACACGGCCCGGGUCCGGUUCUGUCGCCGCGCCCCCAAACUGCGAACGCCAAGAGCAAACCGUGGGACAGUUCUGACCUUCCCGAUAUUCCCACGAUAAAGAAGGCCUCUACCGCACCUGUCGCGCCCAAGUCCCCUUUGAAUCAGGUUGCCACGGAUUUUCCAGCCAUUUCCAUGAGCACCAACGUCGUUCAUUCGCCAGUGGAGAGGAAGGUGGAGGCAGGUGUGAGACUGGUUCAGUCGGACGAAGAUGCGGAGGACGUGCAAGGGCCGAUUUCGAAAGACCAGCAAAUCCUCGAGCGAAACGUUGGGGAGGAUAAGAUUUCGGACGAGAUGUCGCCCACUGAGCCUUUGGCAAGACCUCACUAUACGUCUUUGCUAGAUCCCCUCAAUGGGCCAGGCCCGGUUCUGAAGAAUAUCGACGAGAGACCUAGUAGCCGGGGCGGCAUGCAGGAUGGACCGGGCCCUGUGUUCAGAGGGAACAUUGGUGAAAGACCAGGUAGCCGAGGAGGAGUGCAUGGCGGGCCUGGUGGCCCUGGACCGGUGUUUCGAGGCAAUAUCGACCAAAGACCGGGAAGCCGUGGUGGGAUGCACGAUGGACCAGGUGGUCCCGCCCCAAUCUUUCGUGGUAACAUUGAUCAGAGACCCGGUAGCCGAGGUGGAAUGCCUAUGAGUGGCCCCAACGGACCGCCUCGCCCCUUUCCGGCCCCUGGCCAUGGUCCUCCUCGCCAUGGACCACCCACGCAUGGCCUUCCACACCCACCCGCACCUCGCACAGGAGCUCCAGGACCCCGCGGACCCGGUCCCCAUCCGGGUCCUCACCCAGGACCUCCGCGCCAAGGCCCGCCUUACCGAGGACCGAUGCCGCAUCAGGGACUUCCUCACCCGGGUACACCCAACCGAGGACCACCACGCCAGGGACCGCCUCCCCAUGGUAUUUCACCUCAGGGCACUCCCCGCCAAGGGUCUCCUCACCAAGGACCUCCUCGGCACGGAUCUCCCCAUGGCGCUGCUUAUCAUGGAACUCCCCCUCCUCAUGGACCUCCACGCGGGCCCCUUCCCCAUGGGCCUCACCAGUCUGGCCCUCACUCUAGUCCUCAUAGUACUCCACAUGGACCUCCCGGCCCUCUGCGUCCUGGCCUUCGUGGCCCCCUUAUUCAAGGAUCUCCCCGUCAAGGCCCUCCGCAUGGCGGUCCCACACCGCUUUCUGCGCCCAACAAGCCGCUUCCUCAACAGCCAGGUGGACCUACACCUCUUUCCGCGCCCAACAAGCCAUUACCUCAACAACCAGGCGUAGAUACUCGUGGUCCUCUGCCACACGGGCAUGCUACUUUGGGGGACCUCCCACGCCUGCAGAUUCCUGGUUUGCAUAGCCGUCCUCAAAGCCCCGCUGUGAAGGCUCUUGGCCCGGCCAAACCUAGCCAGGGGGAUGAAGCAAGUCCGAGAUCUAUUUCCAGACCGGAUGUAGUUCAGUCACCAAAGGGUAUCUCCGCGGCCGAAACCAGGAACAACUCGCCAUCGCCUCCGGAAUCCAUCGCAGAACACCUGCUUGACGACGAUGAUUCGAUUUUCUCUAGGCCGAUAAUCAAGACCCUCGGAGCGAGACGUGACACCUUGACCGUCGUCUCCCCUCGAAGACAAAGUCUUUCGAUGAGGAUCGAAGAACUGGAGAGAAGCCUCAUCGGUGCCCAGAAAGGCCGAAGCCUGGACGACCAGCAACGCAGCUUUGACGACAAGAGCCUCAACUCCGCUAGCAACAUUUACAGCCAGUUACAUUUGUCGGAGGACGAAGACGAUGACGAGCCGAUUCUAUCAUCGAUCCAGCCUGCGCCGCUCCGUACUCCAACCAGAACCAGCGCAGCUAACCCGAUGGUCGCCGACAUGUUUUCCGAGUCACCGACCGCAGAAGACCCGCCAACUCCGAUUGCCAAGGACGAUCCUGAAACGCCCAUCAUCUCGAGCCAUCCCGGAUCAUUCAGCAGUGCGGGCGGUAGCGGCUAUGGAAUACCAACCCCGAGGAGAGGAGGGCCACCGGCAGCAGCUUUCAGAACUCGUCGUCCUGCUCUCGAAGAGUACAGUCUGUACAGCGGUCGAUCGACACCUGUUUCUCGCCCAGGAAGAUCGGACACAGCAUCCACAACCGGCGGCAACAUGAGCUCUCCGUACCCGGGCACCGCCGACAGUAGCACAUUCAACUCGCCCCAGCGAUCCAACACUCCGCAGCUCUGCCAUCCCCCUCCGCGACGUGACUUCAACCCGCCGACGCCGGCCCUGACUCCCGACCCGGAACCGCAUCGACCAGCCGUCAGCCCGCUCGCCAACGCCGGCUUCAACUUCGAUUUCGGCCCUACCGCCUCGAGCCAGAACAUCAGCCCCAGCUCCACCUUUGGUGAUCCGACCUCCGCCUCGUCCCUCACAACCACGGGCCCUCCAACGCCCGACUCCAUGAUCGGUCCCGGCCCCGCCAUCAUCUCGCCCUUGAAGCCCGCCCCGCCCGCCCCGCGCGCCUCGACCCUCAACAGGCCCCACAUUCCCGCGCCGCUCAACUUCAACUUCAGUCCCGACGCCGACUCGCGUAGCACCACCAGCCCGCCUUCGCAGCACGACCAAAGCCAACAGGCCCCUUACACCCCACCACUCCGCAGGGCCACCACGCCCGCAAUCGACGGUACGUUUGAUGGACUUUACGAAGACGGCACGGACACAGGCAUAGGCACGAGACCGUCAACCGCAUUGGGCGCGCAUAGACCACCGCCCAUGACGCCUAUCUUUGGCCAACAUCCGCCCCGGGCACCGAGUAGGGCACAGACGCCCAUGCUUGGUGGUGCAGACGAUGCAGCGGACCCUGAAGAAGUUGCGAGGGUGUUGGGCAUUGGGGUGGCGAGGGGUUUGAGCGUUAAGCAGCCGAAGCAGAGGGCGCCAGAACGGCCAACAGUGCCGAACCCAAGGUUGGUGGAUGGUUUUGGAACCGGCAUGUUUUAGCUGGCGGAGCUGCUGCUGGUGCUGUCGAGAUUGUGGGAUAAAUGAGUGCCUCGGUGCACCUGUUAGGGGGGUUUGCUUCUUGUACAAAGUCACACUUGUCAUAUUUGACUCGGAGGAGGAUGUGGAAGAUGAGGGAAUCUUGGAGGGGUUCAAGUGGGAUUGGAGGGGAAGAGAGACUUGAACGUCUCGUACAUCUGCAUAUUUCUUCGCGUCAUCGUUUCAAUCAGCAACUGGAUGUUUGUUAGAAUGGCAGGGAUAGUGGGAAACUCUAGAAAGGAAGGUUUUGGUUUAUUGGAACAUCGGCACAACAAACAAGUAGCGAUCAGUGUAUACAUAGUUCAUUUUGGA